AUGAAGCGCAAGUUAGACGAGAAUGAUGCGCCGGUCUCAACCGCCAAUGCUGAAACCCCGAGCGCCGGCAUAACCGCCACAUUCGCAGAUUUCGGCCUCGACAGCAGACUCCUUCAAGCCACAGCCCGCCAAAACUGGCAUACACCAACCUUGGUUCAAAGCAAGGCCAUACCGCUGGCUAUCGAUGGUUGUGAUGUGCUGGCAAAGGCUAAGACAGGUUCGGGGAAGACUGCCGCUUAUACCCUACCCAUUCUCCAAGCAAUCCUCAAGCGCAAACAGACCUCACCAGAUUCCUAUACGGCCGCUCUUAUCCUAGUCCCAACAAACGAACUAGUAACACAAGUCGCCAAAGUACUCGAAUCUCUCACUUCGUAUUGCUCUAGAGAGAUCAAGGUCUCCAAGCUCUCCGAUAAACUUUCCGAUGCUGCCCAGCGCGCCGUCCUCUCAGAUUCGGCUGAUAUAGUGGUUGCGACACCCGCAAGAACAUGGCACAAUAUCAAAAAUUCCGCUCUGUCUGUGGAGAAACUUACACACUUAGUCUUAGACGAGGCAGACCUUGUAUUAUCAUACGGUUACGAUGAAGACCUACAAAAUGUCGCCGCUUCGCUACCAAAGGGUUUGCAGACAACUCUGAUGAGUGCGACGCUCACGCCAGAAGUUGACACCCUAAAGGGACUUUUCUGUCGAAACCCGACAGUUCUGGAUCUAGUUGAGCCUGAUGAAGAUGGAGGUGGUGUUUCGCAAUUUGUUGUCAAGUGCGGUGAGGACGAAAAAUUCCUCCUUAUUUAUUGCAUGGUAAAGCUAGAAUUAGUUAAAGGCAAGGCAAUUAUAUUUGUCAGCGAUGUUGACCGAUGCUAUCGACUCAAAUUGUUCUUUGAGCAAUUCGGAAUACGGAGUUGUCUCUUGAACUCUGAGUUACCAGUCAAUUGUCGAAUCCAUGCUGUCGAGGAGUUUAACAGGGGAGUUUACAACAUUAUUAUUGCCUCGGACGAAAACGAGGUGGUAGGCGAGGAAAAGGACCAACUUGAAUCGACCAGUGAGGAGGCUUCUAGUAAUGUUCGUGGAGAUGUCACCAGUGAGAUGCCGGAAAACAGUGAACAAAUUAAGGCCAUUGUUCCUACUUCUAAGAAACGCAAAUCUUCACGACGCGAUAAAAAUUACGGAAUAUCUCGAGGAAUCGAUUUCAAGAAUGUUGCUGUCGUCAUAAAUUUCGAUCUGCCACUAUCAUCUCGCUCUUAUCUACACAGGAUAGGGCGGACUGCGCGCGCGGGGCAAACGGGCAUGGCAUUAUCCUUUGUUGUCCCCAAAGAUAAAUUUCGAAAGCACAUGCCUACCAGCAUUGAGACAGCAGAAAAUGACGAGAAGGUGUUAUCUAGGAUUGUCAAGCAGCAGGCUAAGAAAGGUCAGGAAGUCAAACCUUAUAAUUUUGACAUGAAGGCCGUAGAGGCAUUCCGCUACCGAAUGAAUGAUGCUCUAAGAGCCGUCACAAAAGUAGCUAUUAGGGAAGCGCGGCUACGAGAGCUCAAGCAAGAGUUACUCAAGAGCGAAAGUUUGAAGCGCCACUUCGAGGAGAAUCCUUUGGAAGUACGUCAUCUUCGUCAUGACGUUGAACUUCGUACAACAAGAAGCCAGCCCCAUCUCAAACAUGUCCCUGACUACCUAUUGCCAAAGGAUGGGAAGAAGGCAAUCACCCCUAACGAGGUUGGAUUUGUACCAUUCAAGAAGGUGCUUGAUGGGAAGGGAAGGAAAAGCCGAGUUUCAAAAGGUAGGGGUAGGCGGAUAACUGGUCGUAAGAGUGAUCCUUUGAGAUCAUUUAAGGCAAGAUCCAAGACCAAGUAG